AUGACUUUCGGGUCACACUGAUUUCACCGCGAUCACGAUGUGGCCAAGUCAGAAGACCUUUACUGCAUGGACGCAAGAAGCCCAGCACAACAAUUGCCCAAAUAAUGCUAGGAAGCCAAGAGUCGAGUCGAGUGUCGGUGUGGUUUUAUCCUGCAUUCAUUAUUUUUCGAGAGCAGUUGAUCAGAGUCCUCCUACCGGUAGCCAGUAGAAUUAUAAUUCAGAAGAGACACAACAAACCAUGGGUAGCAGCAGGUCCCAAAAAGUCGUAAUCUUUCUGCUGGCAGUCAAUCUGUUAGCAGUUGUGUAUGCCAUUGUAGUCUACAACAAGACCCUUGAGAGUGGCAUGAGUCGAGCUGCCAGCACAGCAGAGAAAAGAGAAGAAGCCAAUGUACCAGUUCACAAUGUGUCGAUUGGAUGGACUCGUCCCAAUACAAUUUACGGCCUCAUCCAUGUGGCCAAAACGGCAGGAACAGAAAUCAACAAAAUGCUCUCCAACAAGUACGAACGAGUCUGUGGGAACAAGGGUUACAGUUAUGAUGCCGUCCGACGAGAGAAGAACAGAUAUGCGCAUGCUGCCGAUUGGGUAGACAUCAUGUUCCGUCAUCCAAAAGCUCAAGCACUAUGGGGAGGCGGGGUUUGGAACCGUGCCAGAGUUCCCAUUGAGAUCAUGGAGGAACGAGGUUUUGAAGACUGCGACUAUAUUGCCCAUGAAGAAUCGGCGGAUAAAUGGGAACAAAUCUACAAGCAAUGGCCUAUAGAACUCCAUGUUCCUUGUCGGGAGCCAAUCAGUCAUCUCAUGUCCAUGUGCAAUUUUCAAAAGAAUUGGGUCAAGAUAAUCAAGGAUGACUUCAACUGCAACGCUCCAGAUCUCAUAAGGGAGAUCCAAAAAUGUGAUGUCGGCCUGUGGAGGAUGCACAAACAACUUCUGAAUCAACAGAAUGUCACACUGAAAUGCUUUGAUCCCAUGCCUCCACAACGAUAUUUGGAUUACAUGGACAAAUUUCUGCAACCCAAACGGGUACAGUUGAAGGUUAAGGACCGAGUGAUAAACAGUGUAGCCCACAACAAGUCGGAGGAAUGUGUGUGGCACCAGACGGAAAAGUGGCGGAACAAUUUGAUUCAAAUCAUGCGAGAAAAUCACUUAUUCUACAAGUUUUGCCACGAUUGUUUGGGAACCAGCGAUGAGUUGCCACUGGCGCCAGUGGCAGCUGUAAACAGCAACACAAAGUAAAUGAAUUCAAUACCGUAGUUUUGAUUUUCAUGGAG